CAACAACAUAUCCAAAACCCCAACACUCUCAUCUCAUUUGAACAAAAUCUAAGCCGUUCCAACAGUAGAGAGAAACUAAGAAAAAGCCUAUGGCUUUGAUUUUGGUCGUCGUCGUCCUCAUCACUCUCCUCCUUGCUCUUCUAAUCUCACACUCAUGGCUAUUCAAAUCCCAAAUCAAACCCAAAAAAUCCCCUCCAGGGCCAAAAGGGUUUCCCAUUUUUGGUUGCCUUCAUUUACUAGGAAAACUCCCUCACAGAAAUCUCCACGAAUUAUCCCAAAAGUAUGGACCCAUAAUGAGCAUGAAACUAGGGCUUGUUCCCACCAUCAUAGUCUCAUCCCCUCACGCCGCCCAACUCUUCCUCAAAACCCACGACCUCAUUUUUGCAAGCCGCCCCUCUUCACAAGCUUCAAAACACAUCUCUUAUCAACAAAAAAAUUUAGUCUUUGCUCCAUAUGGUCCUUAUUGGCGCAACAUGCGUAAAAUGUGCACUCUUGAAUUGCUUAGUAACCUUAAAAUCAAUUCUUUCAUGCCUAUGAGAAAACACGAGCUUGGUUUGUUGAUUGAGUACUUAAAAGAAGCUGCUCAUAACAAAGCUGUUGUGAAUCUGAGUGCUAAAGUUACGUCACUUACAACUGACAUUAUUUGUUUGAUGGCAUUUGGAAAGAAAUAUGGAGAUGAAGAAAUUGAUGAAAGGGGUUUUAAGGCUGUAAUACAAGAAGGUAUGCAGUUGUCUGCUGCGCCUAAUUUGGGGGAUUUUAUUCCGGCAAUUGCUUGGCUUGAUCUUCAAGGAUUUACUCGUAAAAUGAAACGUGUUCAUAAGGUGUAUGAUGAAUUUCUUGAAAAGAUUAUUAAUGAACAUCUUGUGGCUAGAGGUGGGAAGAAGACUAGGGAUUUUGUUGAUGUUAUGUUGGAUCUUAUUGGUUCUCAACAAACUGAGUAUCAAAUUGAUCGUUCUGCUAUUAAAGCUAUAAUGCUGGAUAUGCUUGCAGCAGCAAUGGACACAUCAUCAACAACAAUAGGAUGGGCAAUGUCAGAGCUAAUAAGACAUCCAGAUGUAAUGAAGAAAAUGCAAGAUGAAUUACAAGAAGUUGUUGGUUUACACAGAAUGGUUCAAGAAUCUGACUUAGUAAGCUUAGAGUACUUAGAAAUGGUAGUGAAAGAGAUUAUGAGGCUAUAUCCAGCAGGUCCAUUAUUGAUUCCACGCGAGUCUCUUGAAGACUGCACUGUCGAUGGGUUCCAUAUUCCCAAGAAAUCAAGAGUAAUGGUAAAUGUAUGGACUAUUGGGCGAGACCCGAGUGUUUGGAAUGAUCCACACAAGUUCUUUCCUGAGAGGUUUAUUGGUAGCAAAAUAGAUUUGAAGGGUAAUGAUUUUGAAUUGAUUCCAUUUGGUGGUGGGCGUAGAGGAUGCCCUGGAAUACAAUUGGGCUUAACUAUGGUUCGGUUAUUGUUGGCUCAACUUGUGCAUUGUUUUGAUUGGAAGCUUCCAAAUGGUAUGUUGCCAUCUGAAUUAGAUAUGACCGAAGAAUUUGGAUUGACUUGUCCUAGAGCAAAAGAUCUCAUGGUUAUUCCUACCUUUCGUCUUAAUGAUUCAAUUAGUACUAAGAAUUUGUCUUCUUGAAUAACCUAGAUAAUAUAUAAGUAAUGAUUGAUAAUAUAUAAUAAUGGUCAAGAUAAAGAGUGAUUGAAAUACUCUCUUUAUAUAAAUAAUAAUAUACAUAGAAACUUUUAUCAUCCUUUA